AUGACCGAACGGAUGAAUUUACGAAAUUUCAACUAUGAAGAUGACAUUAGAUACACCGUGCAAGUGCACAGACUUAUCAUGGGACUGAUCGGUGUGUGGCCGAAUAUGGAGAAAUCCGGAAAAUGGGCGAGACUUCUCAGAGGACUCCUCAGAACUGCGUGCUGCUUCCUAUUGUCCUUUAAUCUGAUACCAUGGGUGCUAUACAUGUUUUUGAUUUUGGACACAUUUAAGAACCGACUAAGGAUGAUUGGAGGAUUCUUCUUCUACAGCAUGGUUCCUGCCAUGUACUUUACACUGAUGUUACAGGAGAAUCGUAUUAAAAAAUGUAUAAGGCAUUUGCAGGAAGACUGGCGGAAUGUAUGGGACACGAACGAUCGUAAAAUUAUGUUGGACCAAGCCAGAGCCGGACGUUUUGUCAUCAUCUGCACUUUGUUAUUCCUAUUCACCAGCGGUUUCACUCAUCGUCUGAUUAAACCAAUACUUCGCGGCACGAUCGUAAUUGGAAACGUGUCGAUCAGACCGCUAGUGCAGGGCAAUUACUUCAUUUUCUUCGAUCCGCAACAGAGUCCUGCUUACGAAAUCGUAUUUUCAAUGCAUUUAGUGACUGGCAUCGUUAUAUAUAUCGUAACAACUAGCGUCUGCGGGAUCACCGCAUUAUUCACCAUGCAUGCUUGUGGACAACUCAAAAUGUUGACCGUUUGGUUGGAAAAUACAGCGAUCGAAAACCAAUGGUCGAAGUGCGUUAUUGCUCAAAGAUUGGCGGUGAUUGUCAUGCAUCACGGAUGGGAAUCAAAUGAUACACUAUCUUCUAUGACAUAUGGCAUAAUGCUUGUAUCUUUUACCUUUAAUAUUUUUAUAUUAUGUUACAUUGGGGAACUUUUAAGUAGUCAGGGGAGUGAAGUAAACACAACUUGCUGCACGAUCGAUUGGUAUUGCUUGCCUAGUAAAGAAGCUCGUUAUCUUAUCCUAGUAAUCGCCAUGGCUAGAUAUCCUACGAAGCUCACGGCGGGUAAAGUGAUCGAUCUUUCAUUCAGCAGCUUUGGCGCCGUUAUUAGAACCGCGAUGGCAUAUUUAAACUUGCUCCGGACAGUUACUUUAUAA